UGACGCCGCGGCGCGGGCGCGCGGGCGGCAGCAAUGGCGGCGGCGGCGGCGGCAGGAGCGGGAGCGGCGGGAGCAGCCGGGGCGGUGGCGGCCCCGCCGCGGGGCAUCCGCGCCUGGCUGCGGAGCGCCUUCCGCUUCGCCACCGACCGCAACGACUUCCGCAGGAACCUGCUGCUGAACCUGGGGCUCUUUGCCGCCGGGGUCUGGGUGGCCCGGAACCUGACCGACAUCGACCUGAUGGCCCCGCAGCCCGUCCCGUAGCUCCGGAAGGAGCUGGAGCUGCCGGGAGCAGAGCUCGCCCUCCCACCAGGACUGGAGCUGUGGAGCUGCUCUGACCCCCCUGGAGCUGCUGAGAUCCCACCUGGAGCUGCUCUGACCCCCCUGGAGCUGCUGAGAUCCCACCUGGAGCUGCUGAGAUCCCUUUGGAGCUGCUGAGAUCCCACCUGGAGCUGCUCAGAUCCCUUUGGAGUUGCUCUGGUCCCCCCUGUCCUGCCUGGAGCAGUGACAAGGACAAAAGGUUUAAUGGUGAGAGGAAGAAUUGGUUUCCUUUGGGAGUUGUUUCCUCGAGGAUGUUCAUGGAAUUUCCUCCUGUACCCCCCACCCCCAGAUGUUUAUUAAAUUUUAUGGAAUAACAACACAA